AUGGGCGACGGCUUCAAGGGUGCCAUCGGCAAAGUGCCGCAGGUUGAGGUCGUUGACCUCCUCGACUCCGACGCCGAGGAGGAGGGCGCCCUCGCGCCCGAGGAGGCCGAGGAAGAGGAGGAGGAGGAGGAGGAGGUGCUGCCCGAGGAGGCCGAGGACGAGCAGGACGCACUCGCCCCCGAGGAGGCCGAGGUGGGCGAGGGCGCCCUCGCGCUGGAGGAGGCGCUUGCGGCGACGCUCGAGGAGACGCUCAAGCCCGACGGCAAGCUGCCGAUCCCGGCGGACAUGCCGACGGAGGCGUUGCCGCAGAGCGAGGUGCGCGGCAAGAAGAACUACACCAUCUACGCGGGGGUGGUCGGCAACGACGCGCGCGUGGAGGUGCAGUUGGCCAACGAGUCCUUCUGGCUGCGGUACGUGCACGUGCUCAACGACGACGAGAGCAGGACGCCGCCGUACCGCAACCUGAGUUGGUCCAAGAUCGGCAGCGUCGACAAGGCGUGGGAGCAGGCAAAGCAAGCCGUCCACUGGGACGAGGCGGUCGCUGCGCAGGCAGCCGCGGAGGAGGUGGGCAUGGAACCUUGGCUUCGCACGUUGGAGACGUUCGCUGGCGUGCAGGCCUGCGGUUAUGAUAUUGACAUCGACGAUCGUUUUAUGGAUAUCCUGUCGCCUCUGGGUUUCGCUCAUUUGAUCGCGCUCGCUGUUGCCCUUGAGGAGAAGGGCUUGAACUCGAAUGCCCCUGUGUGCUCCAGCUGGGUUUGGGUGAAUCGGAAUACUGCUGGACGCCGAGUCGACCGACCACUAGGAGACGAGACUCAGCGCUACGUCAGGCAGGCCAACUGCAUGGUGGAGCGAUGCAUCCUGUUAAUACUUCUCCUCAUGAGCAAGGGGGUCUUCUUUGUCCUUGAGCAGCCCAGGGGGUCCAGCAUGAGAUUUCAUCCUCGGUUUCAAUGGAUGCUGCAGAAACACAAGAUCUGGAUGGUUUCAUUUAAUAUGAGUCCGUAUUUCGGGAGCACCACUCAGAAACCUACGUGGCUUUGGUCUGGACAUCGAUGCGUGCAGAAACUCCCUGAGUAUUUCGUGUUCGAGGACCGCGAGACUCUGGACCCAGAGGUCGAGACCUUCACAACUGAUGUGAGGGCCGACGGUUCUAGAGCAGUCGAUGGUGGCAGAGACCUGAAGGGGACUCAAGCCUAUCCCCCUGCAUUCGGGGACGCCCUGGUGCAAUUGCAUGCUGACAAUGCUUCCGAGAUCGCUUCUGAUUUCGAAAAGUUUCAACGUAGGCUCGCCCGGGCCCGUGCGAACGGCUCCUCUGGCCGCGUGCUGGAAUCGUGGCCCGGCGCUCGUCUGUCCAGCGUUUUGCGCGCCCUUGGCAAAGCGUGA